GCAAGCGAGGACGGGGAGAGCGUGGGCCACUGCCCCUUCUGCCAGCGGCUCUUCAUGGUGCUGCUGCUCAAGGGGGUGCCCUUCACCCUCACCACCGUGGAUACCAAGAGGGCACUGGAUGUGCUGAAGGACUUCGCGCCAGGCGCCCAGCUGCCCGUUCUGCUCUACAACGGCGAGCCCAUGACCGACACCGUCACCAUCGAGGAUUUCCUGGAGGACAAGUUGGGCCCCCCCAUGUUCCCCAGCCUGGUCCCCAUGGCCGGGAACGACAUCUUCCACAAGUUCUCCACCUUCAUCAAGAACCCGGCGCCUGCCCAGGAUGAGG